AACGACAUGGAUAGACUACCAUGAUAAUUUCUAAGCUUGUAUCGCUUAAUGUGCAUGAGGCCUUGACCUUUGAAGGCACCGAAAUAUGCUUGCAUCCGGAUUUGUUUUCCGCGUCGACAGGGAACGACUCAGUUGCUCGACCAGGCAAAGAUCCACGCUUGUUGUUGGUGUCUGUGCAUUCAACUGAUGAAAAUUGGUCUGUGAAUAACAAUAAUCCCGCGGCCAGCUUACAAGCUAAACUCUUACACGUUGGAGAUAUGAUUGAAAUUCGGGUAUGGGAUCCAUUGCCUCAGCCUGAUACAACUCCCUCUUCCAGCGUCGGGGCGACGAGCUGGCGAAAGCGACCCACUUUAACGCCUUCGCACAGUAUGCCAGUCACCUCUGCCCACUCCUCUACUUCUUCACACGAAAACAUUGGUGUCAAUCAUCACUCGUCCGAUCAUCUGAACGAAGCCCUGUCUGGGGCGACAAUUUCGGAUGUCGGUAAAUUGGAAGGACUGGAUGACGGAGUCCCCCGUAGAGCUUCUUUGCAGUAUUCUGCAUCGGCUGGAGCUGGCGGCCAAUACGACAAUAAAGAAACAGUCGGCGACAACUUUACAGAUGAGCAGCACAGGGCAAACAUGGCGGCCGUAGAGCCCUCUCCGAUUCAGCCGGCGCCGGCUAAAUCCGCUUCCUCAGCCAGAGCUAUAUUAACACCAGCAACGUCACUGCCGGAAGAUUCUUCGCCAGCGAAAAGCAUUACAACCCCGGGAGAGCUACCACCUGUCUUUCCUCGCAAUAGAACGAAUACCGUCGAUGGCCCGGCAAACACAACUGUACCACGUGUCGCAAACGUUGUUCCGAAACCACCGAUAGCCCAGCGUCGAAUUUCAGCCAACGCACCAGCCGAAAAUAUGCAGGGCAAAUCGCGGACAACAAGAGCAUCCCUGCAUUCUCGUGAACUAUCCGAUAUGACACUGGAAACGGUAUACCCGGUAGAUCAUCGGUCAGCCACCGUUUUGGAUAGCAGCAAUCACCUCGUUGAUUUGCAGGUUCCCUUUGGCAGCAGUGUAUGUGUUCCAAGCGAAGACGAAGACGAUUUUCACACCGACAUUGCAUCAUCACAUUCCCUCCGGCUGUCUUUUGUAAUGAAGGUCACAGAACAGACGUUGACAAGUUUAAAAGGUUCGGCUCGGACUCAAGUUUCUCUACUGCGACAGAUUGCGGAUCUUUACGAAUUGAGCAGCUACGAUAUGGUGACAAUCCAUAAGGUAGAAAACGAAGAAGAGGAAGCAGCGUUGGCUGCGGUCUCGGCGGACUUUGUAUUGGUGACAAUUAAAGAUCAAUUUAUUUCAAGGGGUGACAUGCACUUGUUUCAACAGAAUUUGAUGGGUUCUUGGAUUUACGAAGGACAGCGCUUGUUUGACGCGACCCGGGGUAUUCACGCACAUGCUCGAGAAAUACGACACGACGAUCACCAAGCUCGAUCUGGUAUUGUGACGCAAGACACUAUGAUUACUUACCGGAGUCGAUCCUCUCGCAUUUUCUGGCUGAUCCAAAUUUCUGCUGAAAUGUGGGACUACUCGUCACCGUAUGCAAACUAUGAGGACGAAAGCAGAUGCGAGGUGUACUUCGACAAGUUUGUCAAAUUUGCCUACGAACUCUUCGCAAAAUGGAAGGUUGUGGAAGCGACGCACUCCCUUACUGUGGUCUUUUUUAGUAGGACGUUUCUGCCAUCGAGGACCUCGGUGUUGCCAGCAAUAGGGAAUAGGCCGGCAGAUCAAAGGGACGCAUAUGGUCGCCGCUAUGAAGAUCACUAUAACAUUGUAAUUGAAAACGAAACAAACGCAGACUGGGAUGCGUUGGUUUUGCGCAUGAAGGAAGCUUUUCUGAAGUAUCCAUACGAAGUCGAAUGGAACUGCUCCGCAGCUGAGGAUGCUCGGCGUCCUUCAACGGCAACGCAGGGCAAUGUGUUGGAGGCUAUCAAUGUAACCCUUAACUUGCUUCAGUAUCAUUUCCUUGAUCGAGACUUGCAUCGAACCGGAAAUAGCAUUCUCGUAGUGUCAGCUGGCGGCGGUGUUUUUGAAGUCGACAAGGAGCUUGCAUCUAUCACAUACCAACGAAUGAUGGACCAUGGAAUUGGAAGCGACAUGCUUAGUCUCGGUCUACCACCUCUUCAUAUCGCACCGUUUUUUCUCUACGUGAACGCCUAUCGAUCUGUCGGAAAAACUGGAAUUGAUGCCGGAGAAAGCUACUACGAGGUGCCCCAUUGGAUGCAUCUGUCAUUCGUGAGCUACCCAAGUGAUAGUACAAUACCCGGAAGCGCUCCCGAGCAACAUGAUACGCAAGUUACGUCUGUUUCGUCGUUUCCAUAUGGAAUGGAUGUAGGCCCAAAUGGCUUCCUUCGCUCGCAGCCACCCGUUCGAAGCGCUGGAACGCGUCAAGACACCAGUCCACUCCUUCGUCCGCUUUCGUUCUCCGCCCAUGGAAAUGCGGCUGCAUCGCCGACAAAAAAGAAAGUAUUGAAUCAAGAGCGCCAUCUGAUUGCUGGGCGAGAUUUCUAUGACAUUUUGGAAGCCUUGAAGCCUGACCGCCGGAGUGAUUCCGAAGAGGCUAGUAAACCCAGGGAAUGGGGUGCUCUAGGUCUUCCUGAUCAUCGUCCGAGCGAUUCGUCAAGCUCAAGCGCAUGCGGCAUCCUCAGUCCUUCCUUGAGAUAUCUAGCCACCGGACGCAGUCUUCAAAAGAUGGAACACAUCGAACACACAGAUGCCCCUGAAAAGACUGCGAGUCCAUCUUCAAGCUACACAAGCCAAUUUUCUAGCGUCUUAGGAGUAUCAUACGACAGGCCCCUGCUCGCCCAGCAACUGUCUCCAUCGCGCAUUCAAAUGCAGAGAACCCCUUCACAAGACAUGAUUCUCGUGGACGACGAUAAUUGUAAUUACGAUGAAGCAUCCCCACGACCCUCGCACAGCGAUAACGUAGUGCUAGAGCUGGAUGAAAGCAGCGAAGCUCUCGUUAGUAGCGCUCAUCAAACACUUGACAAGAUUGAAGAUCGUUUGAGAAAAAGCAUGAGGUCUUCUGAUGCGAACUCGUUCCAAGUCUCCUCCCCUAAGGCGAUGACGAGUUCGGAUUCCAGAUCUGGUCUCCCCAUGCGAGAUAUAGAUUCAAGAAGCCGCCACUCCAUUUCUACAUCUACGAAGGCAGGCAAUGUCUCGGGGGGGAUCGGGGCGGCCUUAACAAGGUACAGUAGUGCCGGAAGUAGUAGUAGCCACAACUUGGAAGCACAAGGAGUUCAACGACUUUCAGUGCGGUCGAUCAGCUCCACUCGCUUACUCGGGCAGUCUCCAGGGAUGCGCCCGCUUUUUGAAAUGAACUCUCGUGGUCUCUCUCCACUGAUUCUGCCACCACCACGCUCCUAUAUUGAUCCACUAGAAGUACAGCCUCUAUCUUUCACAGGAGGAGGAAGGUUUGGGGGACGAUUGAUACACCCUUCUGAGAUGUCAAGACCUUUUUUGGGUCACAAUCCAAACAAUCUUCAUCACCGUACAAAGACCGAGAGCAGCCACGGUUCUUCCAGCAGUAAAACGUUUUCGACUAGUCCACCGAUGGGUAGUGCAAGUAAUUCACUGUUUCACAAGUCAGCCGUAUCUCAGCCCAAUCGCUCCUAUACGCAUGAUCGCGGACCGUCAAGAGGAAAAACAGGACAGGCUUCCAGAAGAAAAAGCCGUGCAUUAAAUCCAUUCCGCCAGGAAGACGAGGAUGAAGUCCUCGCUAAGAAGUCUCACAAUCGACGCCGUUGGAGUCACGUCUUUCCCCUCGGAGAGGUUGAGUUUAAGCGUCACGCGGGUCCGAACUGGAAAAGUUUGUCAUCGCCGGCGAUUUUACCACUCUCAGUAGACUACUUCCCACCACAGCAAGACAUUGUCCUCAAUUUUCAAUUUAAUAUAUACAACGUUACCUUGAGUGAGUUUGAGCACACGAACUAUUCCUCCAACAGGGAGCUUUUGGAUGAAAUGGUUCGGCAACGCUUGACGCAAGAUUAUCAGCUUGUACCCCCCUCCCAUGUCAACGCAAGCAACUAUCGUAGCGAGUCAGUGAGAGAUAAUUUGGCCAACCGUCAGGCACAAACGAAAUCGGAGACAGAAAAUCCCGAAAUUGUUCGCAAGUUCCUCUCAAUGGGUCAUCGAUUACAAGUUCUUACCUACGACCCGGCAUCUGACACUGUUGAGGUAAACCGAUACAACGCAAAAGGAGCAGAGCACAACACUGCGUCAAACUCAUUCAAAUACUAUUACUAUGGCUUCUGCAAGGAGACACAUAGCUAUACCAAAGUUGUGCAAUCUUUUGACAAAUACUCUCAUCAGUACAACUGGAACAAGGUGGAUCGCAUGGUGUGCGGUGACGUUGAAAAUAGAGAACUGGAAGAUUCAAUGCGGGCUCGUAGGAUUAUGUUUGGAUUGAUCCCGGAGCGAUUUGAAGAUAUCAACGCCGAGCAGGAAUACAUAUCGAAAUUUCAUCGACUGCUGGGGUACCUAGACAAACUGCGCGAAAGAAUUGAGUCUGAUGCGCCAUUGGAGAUCAAAAUUAUAUCAAGUCAAGAUUCAGAAGGCGAUGAAUUUCCCGUUGCGCAACUUCCCUCCAAAAUAGGGAUUGAGCGAGAGUCGAUGCGCCGAUUUUACGUCCAACUUCGUAAGGGGAAACGUGAUUCGUUCGAGUGGAUGGAAGUUGCCGUUGAUAGGACUUUCAACACAUCCUGGUCUUACAGGCUAAUGUUCAAUUGGCUUGUAGCGAGCUCUGGGAAGGUGGACACGCAAAUCCAGCUCUUGCAAAGGCGGUGUUUGCAGUACGGACUCAAUUUGGUACCAUUCUUGCAAGUUAGUGUUUCUACGAAUGUUUUCUUAAACCCCUUUCGACCUCCUGCUAUUUUGGCAAUCAGAGAGGAGACCAAGGCAAGUUUGUUGGACGCAGUCUUGAUCAACAACGACUAUGUCUACGAUGGCGUAUUUACUACAGACGCUCAGCUUGUGGCGGAAUGCAUGGAAGUAGGAACGGCCCUUGAUUUUGGGAAGAGUUUCGGUAAAAGACAAAUCGGACGGCAGUUUGUGCACCGAAGCGGAACCUUAUUUGUUCGGAUCGUGAACGACAAACAAGGAUUCGCCUUGUUGAUUGUUUUCGGAAACUACCGCUACGUGGGAAGAGACGAGCUCUUGGUAUCUAAGUACCGCAAAGCAUUCUUUGACUUGAAGAACUUGCUCAAUGAUCUAGUGGAUGAUGAUGAUGAUGAUAACAUUGAGGUCAUUUCGCCAGAAAAACAUGUAAAGGAAUCUCAGAUCAGAGACAAGAACUAUCGUUCACUUGAUUCUUUCCAGACAACUCUGCCUUAAGCUCCACUUUUCGAAGUAAGCAAAGUUCUCGCCAUCUGGUUCAUCAUUUGUUUCGUUUCAUCUAUUUGAAUCUUCGUGUCUCCAGUGGUCGUCGGUAUACGGGGC